GGGAGCAAUAUAACUAACUGCACACACGCACAAGUCAAACUUGCAGCUGAGGAAUCGAUCGCAUCGGUAUCUUGACGUGUUCGUUGCCCGAUUCUAGCUACUAGUCCCCGCUGGCUCUUUGAGCGAUCGUCGUAGCUAGCCGCCCGCCGUCGAUCGAUGGGUGCACCGGCGCCGUCCGUCGCCGUGGUCGCCGCGGUGGUGGUUUGCCUGUGCGGCGCCUUUGCGCGCGCGCAGGACAUGGACAACGAGUGGGCGCGGCCGCCGUACCGCGGCUUCUUCGGCGGCCCCGGGUCGCUGCUGCCGCAGUCGGACGUGGACCUGCUGGAGUUCCCGCUGAACCUGGAGUACCUGGAGACGGAGUUCUUCUGCUGGGCCGCUCUGGGGUACGGCCUCGACGCCAUCGACGCCAACCUCACCGGCGGCGGGCCGCCCUCCAUCGGCGGCCAGUCCGCCUCCCUCACCCCGUUCAUCCGCGACGUCGCCACCCAGUUCUGCUACCAAGAAGUCGGGCACCUCAGGGCAAUCAAGCAGACGGUGAGGGGCUUCCCGCGGCCGUUGCUGGACAUCAGCGCGGCCAACUUCGGCAAGAUCAUCGAGCAGGCGCUGAACGCGACGCUGGACCCGCCCUUCAACCCCUACGAGAACAGCGUCAACUUCCUCGUCGCCUCCUACAUCAUCCCCUACGUCGGCCUCACCGGCUACGUCGGCGCCAACCCCAGGCUCUUCACCCCUCAGGCCAGAAAGCUGCUGGCGGGGCUGCUGGCGGUGGAGUCAGCGCAGGACGCGGUGAUCCGGACGCUGCUGUACGAGCGCGGGAUGGCGCGUGUGGCGGGCUACGCCGUCGGGGUGGCGGAGGUCACGGCGCACAUCUCGGACCUCAGGAACUCGCUGGGGAGGAGGGGCGUCAAGGACGAGGGCCUGGUGGUGGCGGCCGAGCUGGGGCCCGAGGGGCUCACCGUGGGGAACGUCAUCGCCGGUGACCAUCUUUCGCUCGCCUACGACCGCACGCCCGAGGAGAUCCUCGGCAUCGUCUACGGCACCGGCAACCCCGCUCAGCACGGCGGGUUCUUUCCCCAGGGCGCCGACGGCCGCAUCGCCAGGGGGCUCCUCGCGUAGCGCAUGGGCGUGUAGCGACCGUGCGCUGACCAGCACGGGGGUAAAGUUGUCCCAGCUGCACGGCACAGGCUGUAGACUAGUACUAGUACUUUACGUGUUUGUAUGUUGGCGACUUUGACGCAUGUAGUUGUGGUGAGUGUGUAAACUGGAUGAUAUAAAUGAAUGUUGGUGGAAAUAAAGCACUAAAUAAAGAGUUGAUGCACUGUAAGCAAA